AUGGCUGACGAUCUGUAUAGUGCGAAGGAUGCAAGAGAGAUAAACAUUGAGAACCUCGAAAAGCGUCUUCACAGCCUCGAAGCAAAAUCUGUCAAUUCCACCGCACAGCCUUCGAGAAUAUCUCCUAGACCAAACACGUCUGGCCCAGAGCUUGAGGACAGGACAAAUCCAGCAAUUGAAGAGAGUGCACUAUUUCAAGGUGGCUCAUCAUUUGCUACUCAAUCUGUCCAGGCCCGUGAAGCCAUCGAAAGGGCCUCCAAGAACAGCCCAGACGACCCAUCCAGUCUUCAAGAAUCAUUGAGCCACCUGAGGGGCCUACUCCAUUCUAUGCCUACAAAUGAAGCUUAUUCUUUUCGCCACUCGACCUCCCGCUCGAUCCCGAAUAUGAAACUUUUGCCCACUUCCCUGGUGAUUGGUAUAUUGCAAGGAUUCAAGACACGUCGCCCUAUAUUUCUAUCCUCCUAUGCAGUGACAGACCUGGAGUUUGUGGAGAAUCUCUGCCAGAAAGUGUAUUUUCCCAUGGCCUCAACAAGCAUCGGCCAAGUUACCAGCAUGCAUGGGAUCCUCUACUAUCUCCUCAAAGAGUACAUGGCGAUCAAGGAUCCACUUUGUCACGACUUCGAUUUCAAAGCUAACCUAGAGCAAUGUGAACGGAAUUUUAUCGUCGGGCUAGAGACCUACGACGUGAUGGCCGUGCCAUCUUUUGAGAAUAUACUCGCUUUGACAAUGGGUGCCAUCAAAGCUCAAGGAGAGGCUAAGCCCUUCUUAUACUGCAACCUUUUAUCGGCCGCUGCAAUCCACUGCAAAACAUUAGGGUACCACCGCCACAGCACGUACCAAAAGCUUACCGAUAGGGAUGCCGAGAACGUUCGUCGUUUGUUCUGGACAGUGUAUAUCUUUGAUAAAAACAAUUCUCUUCUGCUGGGGAGAGCAUGCCAAAUACAGGACUCCGAGGUCGAUACGCGAUAUCCCUCGCUUCCUACAGAUGUAGGUCUGCGUCCCUGGGAUCAAUCUUUUAUCCUCGGUAUCAAGAUCGCAAGUCUCCAGGGGCAAAUCUAUACCGCUCUGUAUUCACCAGUGACAGUCACAAAAUCUUUGUUUGAGCGAGCUCAGGAGAUCGAUGGUCUCUCGUCCGCUCUGGAAGAAUGGCACAAGGAGCUGAUAAGUAUUGACGCGAGUGAGGUCUGCCACCAGCAGGUCUUCCAUUUGACCCGCGGUAAUUGGGAUAUAAUGUUCUACUCAACCAUGACAACCCUCUACCGCGCCUCGAAAUCGUCAGAUCCAGGCGCAGAUAUUAAUUCACGCUGCUUCCAAGCAGCGCGUCUUAGUUUGAAAUCUCAUCUCUGCUGUUUCCCACAGUAUCAAGAGGCAGAUCUUCUAUCGGAUGCCGAUUAUGUUAACUGGGUUCUUCUCUUCUCAUCGUUCACGCCUUUCAUCGUGACAUUCUUCCACGCCGUAGCAGCAAAUAACCCAGAAGACCUUCAACUUCUCGAUGACGUGGUAAACACUCUCAAGAAUUUCCGAGAAGCAUCACAAGCAUCUAGACGUCUGUAUCAAAUAUGCAGCACUUUCGCUCAGGUCGCGAAAAAACUGUCAAAAUCCGAAAAUUCGGUUUUAGGGAUUUACAACCCACAUGACGACUCCUUGCAACAGGCGGAUAGCAACGGCCAUCCUUCAUUUCAAGCUGAUAUUUUCCAAGAGGCACUAGAUCCAGGAUUUGAGGGCUAUCUCAGUCCAUCAGGGGCAUAUGAUAUUCUAGAUGGAUGGAUGGCCAGACAGCCCCUCUCAUUGAAUAUGUUUGAUAUGAGCUCUGGAGGUUUAAUGAUGGAGGAUGGGAUGUGA